AUGCCGGUUGAUCGCACACCGAAAAAGUCCGCCAUGGAUCCAGAGCAGCUGCAGUUGCUGAUCCAUCAGCGUGGACAAAUUAAAGGGAAAGUGACAAAGAUAGCCAAUGGCCUUGAAAAGGCUGAAGAUGAUCCAUCGCUUAUCAGUGCAACGCUCCUGAAAGUGUACGGUCAAAAGUUGGAGCGUCAUUACACCGAGUAUGUCGAAGCCCACCGUGAAGUGAUUGCCGUGAUUCCGAUGGCACAAAUUGAGGAGCAAGACUACAAGCUUGACGAGUUUGAUGUUUUGCAUACGGAAGCGCUAGAUAGCCUGGAGCGCUUGAAAGAGUAUUUUGCCAAACCAACACCGACGGUUAGCGCAAAUGGAAGUGCUCAAGUUAUUAUGCAACAUCAGUCUCUCAAAGUGCCAAUACCUUCCUUCGAUGGCCGUAUGGAGAACUGGCCCAAGUUCAAGGCCAUGUUCGAGGACUUGGUAGUGAAAAGCGGAGAUUCCGAUGCCGUCAAGCUUCAUUACCUUGACAAAGCUUUGGUGAGUGACGCAGCUGGUCUCAUCAAUGCCAAGAUGAUUCAAGACAACAACUUUACUCAAGUUUGGAAGCAAUUGAGGGACCAGUUCGAAAACCAGCGAGUUAUAGUCGACAAUCACAUCGAUGGACUAAUCCAGCUUAAACCGAUGACGAAAGGCAAUUACAAGGACCUGUUGGAGCUGACGAAAUCCUGCGAGCGACAUGUAGCAGCACUCGAGUACCAAGGCCUGAUAGUGGACAAGCUUUCCGGGAUCAUUAUCACGAAGUUGCUGACCUCUCGUUUGGACGAUCACACGUUGCAGCUGUGGGAGCGGAAGCAGAAACAUGGUGAGUUACCUAAGUACGAGGAUACGAUGCUGUUUCUAAAAGUCAACAACAAUGCUGCUCAACCGGUUCUUGCUCAUCCUGCGGCUAUAAGCGAAAUUAUGCGCCAAUUCUGGGAAGUUGAGGACCUUUCGCAGUCUACGGAAGAUAAAACGGAACCAGAUGCAUGCGAGAAGCAUUUUCGCUCCACACAUCAGCGGACGUCAACCGGACGGUACAUGGUUUCACUUCCUUUCCGAGAAGACACAGCACUGCUGGCGGAUAAUCGUUCUGCUGCUCUUCGUAGGUUUCUGAUGCUCGAGAGACGAUUGAAAAAAGACGCAACUUUGAAACAACUAUAUUCUGAGUUCAUUACUGAGUACGAGGCAUUGGGUCAUUGCAAGGAGAUCGAUGAAUCCAAUGAUAGGAGUUCGCACGGAUGUUACUAUUUGCCCCAUCAUGCGGUGAUUAGGCCUACCAGCUCGACAACGAAGCUGAGGGUAGUCUUUGAUGCAUCAGCAAAGUCUACUCCAUCGGAUAAGUCACUAAAUGAGGUGCUGCAAGUCGGAGGCGUAGUCCAAAGUGAUUUGUUUACUAUUCUUCUACGGUUUCGCAAGCAUGCCAUAGUCUUCACUGCAGAUAUAGCAAAAAUGUAUCGGCAGGUUUUAGUCGCUCCAGACCAUACUCGGUUCCAGCGAAUUUUUUGGCGGUUGGAAUCCUCACAUCCUUUACGUGUCUUGGAGCUCCUAACUGUAACGUAUGGAACAGCAGCAGCACCUUUCCUGGCCACUAGAUGCUUACUUCAGCUGUGUAACGAUGAAGGCCACCAGUUUCCUCUUGCGUCUAGAAUUAUCACCGAUGACUGCUACGUUGAUGAUAUCCUUUCUGGGGCGAAAGAUGUUGAAGAAGCUGUUGUAGCGCAAAAUCAGCUACAACAAUUACUCGAACUUGGUGGUUUUCCUAUCCACAAGUGGAGCUCAAAUUGCCCCGAGUUGAUGAGUCGCAUUCCUGAGGAAAAACGAGAGAAAUUAGUACGUUUAGACCACGCAAGCGAAGUGAUUAAAACCCUUGGACUCACCUGGAGUCCGCAAAACGAUGAGUUCAUGUUCGUUACGAAGAUUUCCUCUGAUCUGUCAGAUACAUAUACCAAGCGGAAAAUAUUCUCGGAGAUCGGAAGGCUGUUCGAUCCAUUGGGUUUAAUUUCUCCCGUUAUUGUGGUAGCGAAGAUCCUGAUGCAGAAGUUAUGGACAGCUGGUCUUUCUUGGGACGAAAUUCUUGAAGAUGAGUUGCUGCUUUCCUGGCUGAAAUUUCGCGAUGCUCUGCCACAACUGUGUGACCUGAAGAUACCUAGACGUGUUAUGCUGCCCAAUACCGUUGCUAUGGAGAUUCAUGGAUUCUCGGAUGCUUCGAUUUCCGCAUAUGGUGCGGUUUUGUAUGUGAGAAAUAUUUUUGCCGACGGCAGCGCUGAGAUGAGAUUGCUGUGUAGUAAAUCAAAGGUUGCUCCACUAGCAGAGUUGAGUAUUCCGAGGAAGGAACUGUUGGCUGCUCGGCUGCUAUCACGAUUAGUUGUGAAGGUAGUUAAUUCGAUGAACGUACAAAUCUCCGACAUUGUGCUUUGGUCUGAUAGCCAGAUCGUUCUCGCUUGGCUUCGUAAGCCGUUGAAUUCUCUUCAGGUAUUUGUGAGAAACCGAGUUGCUGACAUUAUUAACGAAACCAAAGGCUAUACCUGGAAGUAUGUUCCCACCAAGGAGAACCCCGCGGAUAUUGUAUCCAGAGGAGCGUUACCAAAGGUCUUGAUAUCCAACGAAAUGUGGUGGAAUGGUCCUUAUUUUCUACGGUCAGCUGGCUAUGAAACGGAAACGCCAGAUCAGCUCCCAGACGAAGAUUUGCCUGAACUGAAAUCGACAGCUGUUGUUUCGGCUAUUGCGUACAAUGUUGACAAUCUUCCCGUUUUCGCUAAGUUUAGCUCUUUCCGCAAACUGCAAAGAGUAAUCGCUUUUGUACAGCGUUUCGUUUCAAACUGCAAGAUAAAGGAUCCGAGUCUUCGCAACUUGAGGUGCCAUCUAACGGUUCCUGAGCUACAACGAUCGAUGGAAGUUAUCAUUAAGGUAGUGCAACACGAUGUUUUAGGAGACGAAAUAAACCGCAUCGAGAACAACGAGCCGUGUAAGAAAAUUGCUUCGUUGAACCCCGUUUACGUGAACGGUCUACUGAGAGCACCCUAUUGUCGAUCUUUUGAUAAGGACAUACCAUUUGGAGAAUCUGCACAUUGGACCGUCAAGUUUGCUAGUGAUAAUUCGUGGACGUUUUUGGCUAAUGGAAGGAAGAUCUGCAGUAAGAAAAAUCACAAGAAGUUGCGUAACAUGCUUUCAUGUCAGACCAACGAAGUGACUGGUGUGGAUUAUGCUGGCCCCGUGUUUGUGAAACAAGGUCGAAGGAAACCAAUUGUUGAAAAGGCGUACAUAGCGGUUUUUGUGUGCAUGGUGACGCGAGCCGUGCACUUGGAGCUAGUGUCGGACAUGACCACAGAGGCUUUUAUUGCUGCACUGCAAAGAUUCACUAGCAGAAGGGGACUGCCUCGAGAAUUGCAUUCGGAUAAUGGCUUAAACUUCAGAGGUGGAGAAACGGAGUUAAAUGAGCUUUAUAAGUUGUUUCGGUCUCAACCUGCCAUCGCUGAAAUCGAGGGGUUUUGUCUGCCAAAGGAAAUCGCUUGGUUCUUUAUUCCACCUGAGGCACCUAACUUCGGCGGCCUCUGGGAGGCGGCCGUUAAAAGUGCCAAAUAUCACUUGAAACGCACUUUGAAGGACACUCAAUUGGCUUUCGAAGAAUACGUGACAGUAUUGACACAGGUAGAGGCUAUUUUGAAUUCCCGACCGCUUUAUGCUACUUCACCCGACGCCGAUGAUCCUGAGGUACUCACCCCCGGCCAUUUUUUGGUCGGACGCCCACUUACUGCCAUAAUUGAGCCAAGUUAUCAAGAUGUUUCUGCUAACCGUCUUGGCCGAUGGCAGUUUUUGCAACGACUGCGGGAAAACUUUUGGAAAAAGUGGAAAAAUGAUUACCUGCAAACCUUGCAACAAAGAACUAAGAAUCAAAUAAGGAAGCUGAAUUUAAGGCAAGGAAUGAUUGUGCUGCUUGAAGACCAAAAUUUGCCACCAAUGAGCUGGAAGUUAGGACGGAUUGUUCGAACCUAUCCGGGGUCCGAUGAAUUGGUUCGUACAGUCGAUGUUGAGGUAGGCGGCACUGUCUACAAACGACCAGCAACGAGAAUUGCCGUGCUGCCCAUCCAGGACAAUGUUCAACCUUCUGAGCAACUUUCAGAGAAUACUUCUCAGCCCGGGGGAGAAUGUCCGCGCUGA